AUUCUUCAGUCAAAUCGUUAAAGCAAAUAAUGGUUUGCUCCUGCAGCCUAUCAGUUCUCUUUAGUGUUUGCCAAUGUUGGAGGUGUAACUGGGGUCUGUCCCUCGAAAAAAGGUAGAGGAUGGCACAAGUGAAAGUGCAGAUGGCCGCCCCCGUGUCGGCGUCGGGCCACUCCCCUGUGGCCCCCUCCGCGGCCGCGCCCAGCCCGGGCCCCAUGGGCCUGCAGCCGUCCGUCAACGGCACGGGGCCGCCCCCUCCCGCGCCCGCCUGCCUCAGCCCGGGACCCGGCUUUGUGGAGUCCGCUGUGUUCACAAAGCCCUGCACAAACCCGCCAGGUUCACCCCUGGACUACAUGGCAAACCCUAAAGAGAAGACUCCCAUGUGCCUGGUCAAUGAGCUGGCCCGUUUCAACAGGAUCCAGCCCCAGUACAAACUCCUGAACGAACGGGGGCCAGCCCACGCCAAGAUCUUCACAGUGCAGCUGGCUCUGGCGGAUCAGACCUGGGAGGCUGAGGGGACCAGCAUCAAAAAGGCCCAGCACUCCACCGCCUUCAAAGCCCUGACUGAGACCAACUUACCCAGGCCCUCCCCACGCUCCCCCAAAAUGGAACUCAACAGCAACCCAGGUAGCAUCACCCCUACAGUGGAGCUUAAUGGGCUGGCUAUGAAGAGAGGGGAGCCAGCUAUCUACAGGCCGCUGGACCCAAAACCCAUGCCCAACUACAGGGCCAACUACAACUUCAGAGGAAUGUUCAACCAGAGGUACCAUUACCCCGUGCCCAAGAUCUUCUACGUGCAGCUGAUGGUGGGGAAUAACGAGUUCAUCGGCGAGGGCCGGACCCGCCAAGCCGCCAGGCACAACGCCGCCAUGAAGGCCCUACAGGUCCUGCGCAACAAGCCAAUCCCAGAGAAGGCCCCACAGGGCCCGGAGGAGAAGAAGGAGGCGGAGGAGAACAGCGAUGCCAGCAAGUCGGAGAUCAGCCUGGUGUAUGAGAUCGCCCUCAAGAGGAACCUGCCCGUCAAUUUUGAGGUUCUUAAGGAGAACGGUCCCCCUCACAUGAAGAGCUUCCUUACGCGGGUGACCGUGGGCGAGUUCACGGCCGAGGGGGAGGGGAACAGCAAGAAGCUGUCGAAAAAGCGGGCGGCGCUCUCCGUCCUGCAGGAGCUGAAGAAACUGCCUUUCCUCCCCGUGGUGGAGAAACCCAAACUGCACUUCAAGAAACGACCCAAGACCAUUCUGAAGCAGGCGGGGCCAGAGUACGGACAGGGGAUGAACCCAAUCAGCCGCCUGGCGCAGAUCCAGCAGGCCAAGAAGGAGAAAGAGCCCGAGUAUACCCUGCUGUCUGAGAGAGGCAUGCCCCGACGCAGAGAGUUCAUCAUGCAGGUGAAGGUGGGGAACGAGGUGGCCACCGGAACAGGACCCAAUAAGAAAGUGUCGAAGAGGAAUGCGGCCGAGGCCAUGCUGCUCCAGCUGGGCUACAAGGCGUCCACGUCCCCCACGCAGAGCAUUCCAGAACAGCUGGUGGACAACAAAGGCUGGAACGGACAAAAGACAUCAUUUCCUGAAACCACACCCAACAGUCAAAAGGGACUCCUCCACCUGUCUCCAGACGUCUACCAGGAGAUGGAGGCCAGUCGGAGCAAGGCGGGCCCCGGGGCCCCAGUGAGCUACCUGCCCGCGGGUCCCUUCUACAGCAGCACGGCGGCCAUCGCCCGGGAGCUGCUGCUGAACGGGACGUCCCCCACGGCCGAGGCCCUGGGCCUGAAGGGGAGGGCCCCCGCCCUCACCUGCACCUCCAUACAGCCCUCCCAGCAACUCGACUACCUGGCCCGCGUCCAGGGCUUCCAGGUGCAGUACAGUGACGGUCAGAACGGCAAAGAGCACAUUACCUACCUGACCCUCUCACCUGUGCACAUGACCUUCCACGGCAUCGGAAACUCCAUUGAAGCUAGCCAUGACCAGGCUGCUCUAAGUGCCUUGAAACAGCUGUCUGAACAAGGACUGGACCUGAUGGAUGGACCAAUCAAAGUGGAGAAUGGAUCGGGAGACCAAUACACGCAAGCAGAACUACAGGGGAACCACCUGGGUGACCGAAUGGACAGUACCCAGUCAAACUCAGGCACUACCACUCAGGACUACAAAGAUUCAAAGGUCGUCGCCUAGGAGAUGCCCCGCCCCCCAAAAAAGUGCCGACGGACGCGAGCGCGUCCUUAUGAAGCUGUCAACCGCGCAAUGAGAGUGGGCGUGCACCAGAAAAAGGACUAAAUACCGUGAAAACAAGUCUAUGUGAAGACAACACUAUCUGACACAUUAAAUCGUAUCGCUAAUUUUCAAAGAAAAUUUAGUUAAGACAAAAGAAAUAUAAAGCACAUGAAUGAAUCAAUGCAUGGUAAUGUUAAAUUGUGGGAAAUUGAACUGAAUGUAAGUAGACAAUUUCCCCUUUUAAUAGGUGAUUUUUAAAAUUAUUUUCUUUCUCCAGUUAGUUGCCCUGUGGUAUAGUAAAAAAAAAUAUAUAUAGAUAUAUAAAAUAUACAAAUAUAUAUAUAUAUCAUGUCAUUGAGAAAAACGAAAAAGUUAUAGAGAAAAAACUAGUGUAAUUUAAUUUUGGUUGUUUUCCUGUUUAAUUUUACUUUAUGAAUAUCGAAGCUUGAGUAUUUGAAAUGAGCCGAUGCCAGUGCAGUGUGAGUUGUAGUUGUUGUCUUCAUAUUAGUCACCCUGCUUAUCUUUAUCACGCUAAUAUUCAGCAUCCAUCUGUCAGUACGGACUUACGUCUUGCAGAUACAGACGGUGUGUGCAAAACAAGUACAAAAAAGAAGAAAAAAAACUGUCAACAACAUAUAGGUAACAAAACAAUAGAAACUAAAAAAAUUAAAUGAAAUUCAUGAAGAGCUGGACGUAAUAUAUAUAAAGAUGCUAUCUACAGGGGGGAAUGUGGGGUCUUCAAGAUGAGGUUACCUCUCACCACCCUGGUCAUGUAAGAAGACCGUUAUAUGUGUAGUGUUUACCCAUCUUUACGUUACUUAAGUGUCUUUUUUUUAAAAUCUGUUCAUUCUGAGACCAAGAGUGAAACUUUUGUGACUCCAGGAAAUCCCCCCUUGCUGUGGAUGCAUUGUGUGAUGUCCAGCCAUCUGUUACUGAAUGGCUAAUACAGUAAACAUGACCUCAUUCAAUGUGGAAAA